AUGGAGGAGAUAGUUAGUAAUAAGCAUGCACUGUAUGUUGGGAAUACCAUUUCCGCAGUCGUUUAUGGAGGAAAUUUAUUCCUAUAUGCCUACUCUACUUACCUGCUUAUGACCUCGAUCAAGCAGGUGCAGCGCGGGAGAUUUUACAUAGGUUUUGGAGGCCUUCUCUUGCUUCUUUUGACAAUCACCCUUGCAAGUAAUAAUGCCAUCUGCAAACUAAUGUGGAUAGAACAGCAAAACUACCCUGGUGGCCCAUCUGCAUAUCUCGCUGCAAAUUUGGCUGCUUGGUACAAUGUCUUUGGCACAGCGGCAGACUGUGCCACAAAUAUUCUGACAGACGGACUUAUGCUUUAUUGUUGUUACAUUAUUUGGGGGUCGAGCGUGUCAAUAAUUGUCAUACCUGCAAUUAUAUACUUGGGAUCUACCACUAUGGCGGUCAUGAUGGUGGUUGAGAGUGCCAUGCCGAUGUCAGAUAUAUGGCAGGGCCUUGCAGCACGAUCCGGCAUUUCAUGGGUUGCGUUAACUGUCAGCUUUAACAUCAUCAUUACUGCAUUGAUCACUUCCCGGCUGCUAUUCUUUCAUCGCAGAGUACAAUCUGUUCUCACCAAUCAGCAGAGGAGUACUUACACGGGCACUGUGGCAAUUUUGGUUGAGUCUGCCCUCCCUUUCACAGUUCUGGGGAUCGCCUACCUUGCCACCUAUAUCCAAGGUGUUCCAAGUGCGACGGCGGUAGGAAUAGUCUGGGGAACCUUUGUGGUUUUGACACCCCAACUCAUCAUUCUGAGGGUCGCUUCAGGGGUUGCAUGGUCAAGAGACAUGGCCUCUAACAUCUCUCUAACAUCUCUCUAA